CGCGGUGAGGGCAAGGGAGGGCAACAGGCCGCCGCCUUCCUCGCCCGCCGAAGCGGGGGGACGGGGCUUGGCGGGGCGGAACCGCCGCACGAAGGCGCGGAGCGGGGUCUCGGCGCGCUUCUCCCCGAAGAGUAUGUCCUGCUAUAGUUCUCAGAUUGUCAGUGAAGAUCACAUCUGUCAGUGUCCUGGGACCGAAGUGUUUGGAAACUGAAACGGAGGGCUCACGAAAUGAGUUUUAUUAAAUGACCCACAGAACGAAACUACAUGAAAACCUAAGCUGAAAGUUCCUAGUGCAGUACUACCUUUUAUUAGCUGUCAGCAGGGAACAAAGAGUUUUACGGGCUCUACCAGAGGUGACACCUUCAAACAAAAGCAGAGGGUGAGGCCAGGAGGGCUCCAGAUGACAGCAGUUACUCGACAAGAAGUUCUUGGCCUUUACCGCAAGAUAUUCCGAAUAGCCAAAAAAUGGCAAUCGGCAUCAGGACAGAUAGAAGAAACUAUUAAAGAGAAAGAGUACAUUAAAAAUGAAGCCAAAACAUUAUUCCGAAAAAACAAAAACGUAACGGAUCCAAAGUUGAUUAAGCAGUGCAUAGAAGAGUGUGAGGCAAGAAUAGAAAUUGGACUUCACUAUAACAUCCCCUACCCAAGACCUAUUCAUCUGCCUCCUAUGGGCCUUGCCCAUAAACAAGGCCGUAUGUUGCGACACCAGGAAAAGUUAAGGAAGAUUUCUAAGCCCAUAUACCUGAAAUCCCAUGAUGAAGUUUCAUAACCCAUCAUUUAAGCUUGAUGUGUAAUCACAUCACUUAAGCUGUGGACUGUAAUCCAGGUGAUUUGUGUGCACAACUGUGAACGAAGCUGUUUUGGUCGCUUGCUCGCGCAUUUCCUGAGGCCAAAAAGCUAAUUGAUCCAUUGCGUAUGAUGGAUAAAUUUGCUCUGGUAUUUAUUACAUUUCAACCACUGACUCCACAAUAAAAGUAACACUUUUCAAGGAGCGAGGUGCAAUACGAAGAUUACUUUGCCAUCAGGACAAAUUACAGCAGGUUUUUAAACUCUGUUAAUCUCUAGCAGGGUUCUCUGGUGGUUUGAGGAUUAUAUAUGCUCAAUUGUGAUUCAAGGCUCAGUGAAAAUGAAGGAAGUCCAGGGAAAUCAAGCAGACCCAGUGCCUCCAGAGCUUCCAAAUGCAAGUGGGAGCAUGGUGACUGCAUCGUGCAGCUGCGCUCCUCCCUCUCCAGUUGCUGCUCUGCCUGUUGUCCCUGAGAAACGUUCCAGUUUCAUAGUAUCCUUACAGUGGAGUACUGUUUCUAAGCAGACAGUAGCAAAGAGACAGCAGAAAUGCCACCACUCCUCCUCUUUCCUUUUUGCAAACUGCAGAGAGUGGCCUAGAGCCUCUCUGUCAGCUUUUUCCCCUUCCUUUGGAGAGGGUGUGAAUGUAAAAUGCAAAGUUUGGAAUGCAAUUGCACAACUUGGUGUAAAGCAUUCCAGUGCUGGGUUCCUCAGGUUCCCAUGUAUGGACUGACUGAAAACUCUCCCUUCAGGGUAUCACCGAAGCUUAAGAUGCUUUGGGUGUCUUCCCUGUGCGUUUUUACAUGGUUAGCUUUUCAACCAUGCCAUCAGCACUUGGCUUUCCCAACAAUUGGUUUAGCGUAGAUUUUAACUCUUACAUUAUGGGCAGAACCCCAACUUUAGUAAAAGACAGUGUCUACAACUAUCUCUUCAGUCUCUUAAGUUGGAGGGGUUAUUUGUUUCACAGGUGCCUCACGAAUGGAAGUGAAAUUAAAUUAAUUUCCCCCUCGCUGGCCCCCAAUGGUUUUGCCUCCUUUGGAGUGCGCUGGUGUUACCUGGCUGCUCACCAGUUCUCUUCAGGAAAGUCGGCGGAGCCUUCUGUCCUGGAAGUACCAGUGAGACCGAGCUGUGGACAAGAGCCACGCGGUACUGGGAGACUACAUAAGCACAGCCCACAGCUGCUUCAAGGACAGAAAGUGUAAGCAGCGACCUACUCCAACUACCAACUUAAUGGUGGCAAAAAAGCAAAUUUGAAAAAUGCAGUGUAUAUUAUUUCCUAUUAAAGUGGGCAAAACCAAUGAAAUCUCAUUUUCUGAGCUGUCCAACUCAUCCUAAACUCUUUAAGUGGUAAUAGACAUUGAUAAAGAAAUAUUGUCUACCUGAAAAAUAAGUUAAAGCUUAGUAUGUGCAGAACAGAAUGACAGUUCCUCCCCCAAGAAUGUACUUGUAAGAGUGAAAAAAAAAAAAAAUAAAAGCGGAUGAGAAAAGCCAAGGAAACAAUGAGAAGAGCGAGUCAGCAUGACAGGUACUGGCUAGCCCAAUUUCUCGCUACCCUUUAUGGCUCAGGUCCACAAAGGUAUCUGUUCCCAUAUAAUUAUUUCCUGGGAAUGCCUCAUGUGGGAAGUAACAUGUAAAAUGCCAUUGUUCCACCUGUCAGCAGGAGCUUUGCGAAUUUACUGCUGCCAGGAAGACACAAACAAAAACUCCUUUAGCCUAGGAAAAGGGGGAUGGAAUAAAGACAGUAAAAAAUAACAUGAUUAUACACACUGCUUAAUUCUUCAUUGAAAGAAGUGCAAAUAGUCUUUCCCUAUCCUCACUUCUCAUACACCAGCGCAGAGAUGUGUCAACUGAGCCAAACCAAAAUGUACAGAGACAGGGUUUCAAAUGGAAGCUUAGGCUCAUUCUUUGUUGUUAAACUAUCAUUUGAAUCUUUUUAAUUGUUAAAAUUCAUGUCGCUAAUGAAGGUACUGAUGCUGUGACUCACCAGGUGAAUAAACAGCUAUGUAAAUGAGCAG